GCAAGUCCUGACGAUGUGACGUGUUAUAAGUGUGCAGUUAAAAUUACAGAAUAUCGGUAUUGGUCAGGCACGUAGUCAGGUAGUAAAAUUACGGGUUCGAAUACCGCCUCGAAAUCUGCUCUGGUCAAACUUGUCAGAUAGUUAACGCCCACCAUCAGUGAGCAGCACGGGUGCCGCCGUCGCGGCUGUAUGAUGUCAGAGCGCUUAAGUUAGGUUCAGUGAGGCGAGCGCGCCAACGGGAGUUUUCCUCAGAAGCUUUAUCUUCUAUCGAAAAAUAACGACAGACUCAGGGGUGACUGCAUACCUGCCCGGCCCUCUUGCAGAUCAGGAGCGGUACUGAUGGAGUCCUACAGGCCAUGCAGUGGGCCUCUGUCUGCGCCUGCGCAGAGGAUCCUGUCUGCCCUGCGGGCUCAGUACAGAGCUGGAGCAGCCGGGAGGCAGCCGUCAAGAAUGAGGCAGGAGACUUGGAAUGAAGUUGGGGAGGAAGGAAGGCAGGGCAGGGUGCAGGAGCUUAGGGGCUGUGAGAUGAUGUCAGGCCCAACUGCCCUGACAAGGAGCUCUCUGCUGCCCCCCUCUGGACCCUGCCAGCUAGAGCCCAGUGAGACCUGGGGUGGACAGGGACGGCCCAGACUUACCACCCAGUGUUCUCAGCCAACGGAACAGGGUGUUUCAAGAAGUGAGGUGCCCAGAUUGGAGACCGAAUGGGGGAAGCACUGGGCUCAGGGACCGUCGGGAGGAAAGGCGUGGUCCCUGACGUGUGCGGUCCCCAGCGGAUGGAGUACAGCCAUGGGGAAACCUGUGCUGCCUUCUCAGUGGGCCCUGGACCACCAUGCAGAGUGGACUGGCACCAAGAACCUGGGGGUCGACACAGCCUGGGAUGGAGGAGAGGAUGUUGACAGUGUGAUGCGGGUCUGGGCCCAUGAUGGAAGGGGACCGAUGGCUGAUUCAGAGUGUAUGUCAGGACCCUGUGACCGGAAUAGGUUCAGUAAGAAGGAUGUAGUGCAGGGGGCUCCGGCGGUGCGGGAGGAAGACAAGAGAAGGGUAGCCUUGGCCGAUGCACCGGCUUCUGAGGAAGGAGCAGCAGCAUCAUAUCGUUGGAAGGAAGCCAUCAGCCAAUCGGAUGCGCUCACGGGACGAGCCGUCAGCCAGUCAGUGUCCCCUGCAGUGUGUCAGCUGGAUCUGGACCUUUCUAAGCAGCCCUGCAGCCCCCAGCUCAGAGCUGAGGUCGGUGGAGGCAGCAGCGAAGGACAGGCAUGCAAAAUAGAUGAGAGUCUGGCUGCCUGUGGAGCGGGAUACAACCCCCCCCUCGGAACCCAGACCACCUUCCUGUCUUCGGCGGUCCGUGGCUCACCUCAGCGUAACAGCCGGAAUGCCGGAAUUCACCGUGGCUUUCUGAAGAGGAAGUGUGUCCCUUCAAUCCCUAAGAAAUGCGUCAGGUGGGCACCCCCACCAUCUCAGGCAGCUCACCGGCCAGAUAGACAGGCGUCACUAGAUGCUUCUCUGGGCUGUGGAGUCCUUGGAGUGAGGAGAGAAGGUCGGGCUGUCCUCGGGACAGAAGGAGCAGCGCACAACCCACAGGGGGCGCCACACCUUGCAGCAGCUGCCAAGGGACUGAGAAAUGGAGGUUCCCCCAGACCAGGCCUCGAUGUGCAGCCUGAGGACAGCCAGGCGGCCCACGGCUCCGCAGGAGGAGCUCCCAGCAGAGAGACGCCUCUCAGACCACCGCUCUUCCUGACCUCCGACUCCAGGGUGCGCCAUGUCUGCCGGCUGAGUGAGAAGGAGCGUGCCCAGCUCCUGCAGGAGGUCAGCCAAGUGCCAGCACUGGCCCUCACUCUGGUGUACCAGGACGGCACCACCCAACUGGACCCGGAGCCGAAGUCCUGCCCCUCUGUCUCUGGGAUCCUGGUUCUGUUAAAGAGGGAGCCGGCUGUGGCACUAUCUGACCAGGGCCCUGGUGCAGGAGAUGGCCUCAUCUACCUGAGGCUGGAUCAGCAGCAGACAGACCAGAAUAUGGAUCUCUUUCGCAGGGACCUGGUCCUGCAGGUGGUGACCGGGACCCAGCAGGCCGUGUGCUACAAAGCGAAGGAGCUGCUCCGUGCCGCCCUACAGCACUGCGGGGGGCGUCUGAGCUGGAAGCAAGUUUCCCGCUGCUGCCUGCUGGACCCUCAGAUUGCGGCCUGGCUGCUCGACCCCGGCGACUCCGCUUCCAGCUUCCCGGCCCUGAUGACCAAACACGGCGCCGCCCUGGGGCUCCGGCUCCUGCCGGGAAAGCUGUGCAGCGUGAUCGCCAGCCUGUCCCUGUUAUACAGCCUGAUGAUGCACCUGCGCUCCAGCUUACAGACCCGUGGGCUGGGAGAACUCUUCUCCAACCUGGAGCUCAGUAUGGUCCCAGUGUUGGCAGCAAUGGAAAGCCACAGGAUCCACGUGGACAAGGAUGCUUUGAAGAGGACCUCUGAGCUGCUGGGGGAGAGACUGAAACAGCUGGAGCAGGAAGCCCACCAGGCCGCGGGGCAGCACUUUCUGGUGUCCAGCAGUGUGCAGCUUCGCCAGGUUCUGUUUGAGAAGCUGCAGCUGCAGGAGCGCUGCGAGGGCAGGAAGCUGCCCAGGACGGUCCUCACGCAGCAGCAGUCCACGUCGGAGUCCGUGCUACUGCAGCUGCAAGACCUGCAUCCUCUGCCCAAGAUCAUUCUGGAAUACAGGCAGGUGCACAAGGUGAAGUCCACCUUUGUCGACGGGAUUCUGUCCUGCAUGAACAAGACGUCAGUCUUCUGCACAUGGAACCAGACAAGCACCGUGAGCGGGAGGCUGUCAGCGAAGCGCCCUAACUUCCAGGCUCUGCCCCGGCUGCCCGUUCGGAUCGCCAGGAAGCCGGACGUGGAAGGUGAAGCCGCCGGGGAUGCUGCGGAGAUGGUGACAGUCCAGCCACGCUCCAUGUUUCUCCCCCAGGAGGGCUGGACCUUCCUGGCUGCAGACUUCUGCCAGGUGGAGCUCCGUCUCCUGGCCCACCUGUCCUCGGACCCCGAGCUGCUGCGUAUCUUCCAGGACCCCAGCGCUGACGUCUUCGCCAUGUUGGCCUCCCAGUGGAAUGGGCUACCUGUGGCCCAUGUGAGUCCCCGGCAUAGGGAACAGGCCAAGCGCGUCGUCUACUCCGUGGUGUAUGGAGCAGGCAGGGGGCGUCUCUCGCGUAUCCUGGGCCUGAGCGCGGAGCAGGCGGCGCUCUUCAUGGACAGCUUCUCCCAGGCAUACAGGGAGGUGCAGCGCUUCAUCCAGAGGACGGUCCAGCAGUGUCAGAGCCAAGGUUAUGUUUUGUCUCUGAUGGGUCGGCAGCGUGUUUUGCCCCACAUUCAGUCCCCAGACUGCGCUCUGCGGAAGCAGGCCGAGCGGCAGGCCGUCAACUUUGUGGUGCAAGGCUCUGCCGCUGACCUCUGUAAGACGGCCAUGAUCCGCAUCCACUCUCAGCUCUCCUCCUCCCCAGGACUGACAGCCAGGUUGAUCGCCCAGAUUCAUGACGAGCUGCUCUUCGAGGUGGAGGACUCUCAGCUGAUGGACUUUGCGGUACUGGUGAAGACCACCAUGGAAUCACUGCAGCACGUUGAGUGUCUGGGCAUUCACCUUAAGGUACCUCUGAAGGUGGCCGUGACCAGUGGGAAGUCGUGGGGCGUCAUGUCAGAGCUGCGGCUCCCUGCCGCGCCCCUCCACCCAGCUCCAUGAGCCUCUAUCUGGAUCGCUAUCGCUAGGCAACCAGGCAGCUGCUCCGUCUGCUUCCCGUUCUCCAGCUGUCUGUAACCAGGGGCAACGGCUGGAGCUCCAAACUGGAUAGCUCUGGUUCCCCCCCCCCAUUUUUCAUUCGUUCACCAUUUCUUCUUUCAUUUUGUCUCCACCUUUGAGACCAAGUUAGACCAGAUGAGGUCAGUUUCAGCUUUCUUCAGGUUCUUCAGUUUUAAGGUCAUGAAUGAAGCAUCACCUGAAGUUUGACAGAAUGUCUCCAAAUGUAACAGAUGCUCACAAAAACGUUCCUUUUACAAAGACAGGAAUGAUUAGCAACUGCUGAUGUUAAUGCUGUUGAUGCUUUGUAAUGUUCGCCAUAUUUUUCCUGAAUUUGUUGUGUAAGGUGUUCAUAUGCUGUAAAUGGAUAAAUACAGCAUGGAUAAUUCUU